AUGUCAGAAGCUAACUUCGCCCCGCGCUCCAUGAAGCGCAGGAAUGUUAAAGGUUUAGCUCUUGGCCCACCGAAAGUAUCUACUUCCUCCGGCUCAGGCAACGGUUCAAGUUGGGGCGCUGGAGGUUCCAGGGCAGAAGAUGUAGGAAAUGAGGCACAACUGGAGAUAGGCAUCGAGUUCAACCUCGACAUCCGCCAAGAGGAUCUGGAGAUCGUGAAGGAACUAGGAUCUGGUAAUGGUGGCACCGUGAGCAAGGUCAAGCACUUGCCUACGGGCACUACCAUGGCGCGAAAGGUCAUUCACGUCGAGGCGAAUAAGGAACUACGCAAACGGAUCGUGCGCGAACUGCAGAUUAUGCAUGGCUGCCAGUCUGAUUACAUUGUAACCUUCUACGGUGCCUUCUUAAACGAUCAUAACGAUGUCAUAAUGUGCAUGGAGUAUAUGGAUGUUGGGUCUCUAGAUAGAGUGUCACGCGUGUUUGGACCCAUUCGGGUAGACGUACUAGGGAAGAUUGCCGAAGCAACACUCGGUGGCCUUACCUACCUGUACUCGAAACUUCACAUCAUGCAUCGUGAUAUCAAACCAUCAAAUAUCCUUACCAACUCCAAAGGCCAUAUAAAGCUAUGCGAUUUCGGCGUCUCAGGUGAGCUGGUCAACUCGAUUGCCGAUACUUUCGUGGGAACUUCAACAUACAUGGCCCCAGAGCGUAUCCAGGGCGAGAAGUAUACCGUCAAAUCCGAUGUGUGGAGCUUUGGUCUAACAAUAAUGGAGUUGGCUAUCGGAAAGUUCCCGUUUGCUGCUAGUGAACAACUAUCUGAUGGAGAUGGCGCGCCUGCUGGUAUCCUGGACUUGCUACAGCAAAUUGUCCACGAGCCCGCUCCCAAGCUGCCAAAGAGUGAUGCAUUCCCAGCAAUUCUGGAGGAUAUGAUUCAGAAGUGCUUAUACAAGGAACCUGAGCAGCGUCCAACGCCACAAGACCUUUUCGAUAAUGAUGCCUUUGUUCAGGCUGCCAAGCGGACGCCCGUUGACCUUCGGGCAUGGGCUGUCGGCAUGAUGGAGAAAGAUAACCGUAAAUCGCACCUUGCGCCACAGCUAUCCCCCGCUACUCAAGAGCUUCUGAGGUCUAGCGACUCACCGAACCAGCAAGCUGACAACAACCCGGCGUAUACGCCGACCUCUGGUGAGAUCCCGAUUGCGGGAGCUGUGAUUUCGCCUAGGGAUCACUACGGACCAGUACCAAGUCGCUCGCCCACCAGAAAUGGGACGGGAAGUAUUGGGCGAGCUGGUGGAUCCAGCAUUCAUCCAGGCCUGGGCCAGAGAUCGGCAACAUCUGGAUCCAUUCCUAAGGUUGGGCACACAGAUAUCACGCUUCCCGCUAGUGCUAGCGCUGGGACAUUCACUCUCCCAGUAAGACCGGCACCGGGCGGCCCGCUUCCUCCUCCUCCACCAAGAAAAGAGACACCAGAUGAGCUACGAAGUGAGAGUCGCCGACAGGUGGCGUACCCGCCAUCAAAUGGCAAUUAUGGAGCAAUGGGAUACCCACGAAAAUAG